UGGGGAUUUGCCCGAGCGCACCCGUGCUCUGGCCGUGGCACACCUGUGCCUGCCUUGUGUCUCACGUUUUCGUGCCAGGAGGUCGACAUACCCUCGCCUGCGCAUUAUAUGAUUUACAUGUAUAAUAUGAUGUAUACUUUCUUGUAUUUUGAGAUAUAAAAUAGAGCAUUAAAUUUUGAAACUAAGAAGGUAAUAUGUGAAAUAUUUUUAUAUGAACUAUUUUUUAAUAUGCAAAUAAUGGGGACUAUUUUAACACUUCACUCUUAAAUAAUUCUAAUUUUUCAAACCCGCUCUCCAUCUCCGACAAUGCCCACUUCACAAGAUGAACUUUCACCGCCGUCUCCUCUCCUGCAACUCGCUCCGCUCAUCUCGCAUUCUCCACGCUCUUCUCCUCAUCUCCGGCCAGUCAGCCGACAUUCUUCUCUCCACCGAUCUCCUCAACCUCUACUCUCGUCUCGGCGACAUCUCCGCCGCCGUUCUCACCUUCAACGCAGUACCCAAACACAACAUCUUCUCCUAUAACUCCAUGAUCUCCUCCUUCGUCCGCCAUGGCUUCCUCGCCGAAGCUUUUCUCUGCUUCCACCGCCUCCUCUCCCUCCCCGCUCUUCGCCCCGAUUCCUUCACUUUCCCCGUCGCCCUUAAAUCCUGCAGAUCCUUAGAAGAUGUCAAAAAGAUGCAUUCUUUGAUAAAAAGAAUGGGUUUUGAUACCGAUGUGUUCGUCUCCUCUUCUUUGAUCGGUGAAUAUUCAAAGUUUGGGUCGGUGGAUCAUGCAGAGAAGGUGUUUGAUGAAAUGCCGCUUAGAGAUUCAGGUUGCUGGAAUGCUAUCUUGUCUGUGCUCUGCCAGAAUGGGAGGGAAGAUGAUGCAGUUGAAGUUCUUAACCAGAUGAUAAAAGAGGGAGCUUUUAUGGAUAAAGUUACUGUUUCAACCAUUCUUCCUCUUUCUGCUUCACUCAAUGACUUGCUAAUGGGUAUGGCUCUGCAUAUUUAUAGCAUAAAGCAUGGUUUGGAUUCUGAUAUUUUUGUGUCAAAUGCUUUGAUUGAUAUGUAUAGCAAGCUUAAUUGUCUGAAUUACGCACGUCAUGUAUUCGAUUCAAUGGAUUGCAGAGAUUUGGUUACUUGGAACACCAUGAUCGCCGCCUACGAACAAUCCGGCGAUUCAACCGCUGCGUUCGAGUUCUUCGAUUUGAUGAAGAACCAAAAACUUAAUCCUGAUGUUCUGACAGUGGUUAGUCUUGCUUCCGCAGUCGCUCAGAUCCGACACGAACUGAAUUGCCGCUCAAUUCAUGGUUUUUUCGUGCGCAGAGGAUGGGAUGAGGAUGACAUAUUUGUCGGCAAUGCGAUUAUCGACAUGUAUGGGAAGAUGAACAAAAUUGAAUCUUCACAAGUUAUGUUUGAUCAAAUGCGCACAAGAGAUGUGAUCUCAUGGAACACUUUGAUUGCGAGUUAUUCGCAGAAUGGAUUUGCCAAUGAGGCCAUUGAGCUCUAUGAAUGCAUGGGAAGGGAGGAAGAAGAACUGAAACCAGUUCAAGGAACAUUUGCAGGCGUACUCCCUGCCUGCUCGCAUGUCGGAGCUCUACGAAAAGGGAUGAAGAUUCAUGGGGACACCAUCAAACAAUGUCUGAAUUCCGACUUGUUCGUUGCCACGUGUCUAGUCGACAUGUAUGCGAAAUGUGGUAGCUUGGCCGAUGCGGCAGCGCUGUUCGCCAUGAUGCCGAGAACAACCAGCUCCGGUCCUUGGAACGCCAUGAUUGCCGGGCACGGGUCGCACGGGGAAGGCAAGAGGGCAUUGGAGCUGUUUUCAGAGAUGGAGAAGGAAGGAGUUAGACCAGACCAUGUCACCUUCGUUUCACUGCUCUCAGCUUGCAGCCAUGGAGGACUAGUUCAGGAGGGACGAGAAUGCUUUCAGUUGAUGAAGUUGAGGUAUGGAAUUGAGCCAAUGGUGAAGCAUUAUGCAUGUAUGGUGGAUUUGUUAGGCAGAGCUGGGUUUCUGAAUGAAGCCUAUAAACUGAUAGAGAAGAUGCCAUUAAAGCCUGAUGGAGGAGUUUGGGGAGCACUUCUGGCUGCCUGUAGGAUCCAUGGAGAUGUUGAAUUAGGGAGAUUGGCAUCAAAAUGGCUCUUUGAAUUCGAUUCCGAGAACGUCGGCUACUACGUGUUGCUAUCUAAUUUAUACGCGAGGAACGGGGAAUGGCAGGGAGUUGAUCGAAUUCGAUCUCUGGUAGAAGAAAGGGGUCUGUGGAAGACACCAGGGUGGAGCUCCAUUGAAGUGGAUAAUAAAGUUAGCAUUUUUUUUACAGGGGAUCGGUCUCAUGCUCGGUAUGGAGAGAUUUACAGAGAGUUGGUGAGGUUAAUGGAGAAGAUGAAGCAGAUUGGUUAUGUUCCAGAUUACAGUUUUGUGUUGCAGGAUGUGGAAGAUGAUGAGAAGGAGAGUAUUUUAAGCUCUCAUAGUGAGAGAUUGGCUAUGGUUUUUGGAAUCAUAAGCACAGAGAAGGGGAGCAGGAUUUAUAUUUUUAAGAAUUUGAGAGUCUGUGGAGAUUGUCAUAAUGCCACGAAGUAUAUUUCGAGGAUUACAGAGAGAGAGAUUGUUGUGAGAGAUUCAAAUCGGUUUCAUCAUUUUAAGGGAGGGAUUUGUUCAUGUGGAGAUUAUUGGUGAUUCGAAGGCGGUGCUUGGCUGCAUCUUAGAUUCCUAUACAUCCGGAACGGAAGAAAUUGCGAGCGAUUGCGGCAUAAAUCCGUCUAGCAAUCAACAAAUUCACGUCCUAAAGACGACGGAACGAGAGAAGUGAAAGAAGGAACGCGUGAAAAUUGUAGUAUGCUACCAAACACCGCCUUAGUAUUUAUGUCGCAAGAAGCUUUUCUUUUAAGUUCUGUAAUGGUGGCAAAGGUGAGAAGAUGAAGAAGAGGAGAUUGGUGAUGAAGUUAUACAGAGCUUCAGAGGGUUCAGUGGUGAACAUGGCUAAUAUUGCCUAAUGGUUAUUAUUUUGGGAAAUUUACAUACAUAUCACACAAUUUUUGUGUAUUUAUAUAU